CUGCAGCAGCUUGCUUUCUCUCUGAAUCACAUGUUUGCACCGUUCUGUCAUCCAGGUUGGAUAUAAAUAAGGGCUGCAGCGUUGCUGCUGCUGCUGCAACUUCAGAGGCGGCACAAUCCCAACAAAACUACCAACACAGGUCUCUCUCUCUCUAUCUUUCUCUCUCUCUCUCAUUAUAUCCUGCUCCCUCUGAGGGUCAGAGAGGAUGUUAAUGAUGAUGAUGAUGAUGAAGAAGAAGAAGGAGUCCAAAGAGACGCUGACUUUGUUGGCCCUUUUUCUGGCCUCGGCCAACUGCAUCCUGCCUCCGUCCACCGAGGAACUUAACAAGAUUUCCCUCCAGGGUGAGAAGUAUCUGGAUAAACAGAUUGAAAACGCCAUCGAUGGCGUGAAGGAGAUGAAGACUGUGAUGCAGAAAUCCUCCGAGGACCACCAGAAGUUUUUGAAUGAUCUGGAGAAAACGAAGCUGCAGAAAGAGGAGGCGAUCCGUACAGCUGAGGAAAUGGAGGCCAAGCUGGCGAAGGAGGAGGAGGUUUGCAACGACACCAUGAAGGCUCUGUGGGAAGAGUGCAAGCCCUGUCUGAAGAAGACCUGCGUUAAAUAUUACUCCAGAACCUGCAGCAGCGGAUCCGGAUUGGUUGGGCGUCAGCUGGAGGAUGUGCUGAACAGAACGUCUCCGUUCUCCAUCUGGAUCAACGGGGAGCGGAUCGACUCCCUGGAGCAGGAGGACCAGCGGCAGAACAAGGAGUUCAGGAACCUGGAAGAUAAAUACUCAGUGAUGGCCGACGGAGUGGAUCACAUCUUCUCAGACAGCAUGAAGGUUGCCGAUCACAUCAACCCUCCUCCGUUCUUCUUUCCCAAAUUCCUGGCUCCGGCCGUCCGCCGCGCCAGAAGCAUCCACAUGCUUUUCCACGAUCCUUUCCACAACUUCCGCAGCUUGUUCUCUCCCAUGAUGGGAAUGGGCCGGAACCUGUUUGGCCCCAUGGACUCCAUGAUGGACCUGGACUCCGACGACGCCCCAAACAAAGACGGCAACGUAAACGAGGACGUGAUCGUCACAAGACCCUUCGGCAACGGCAAGAUGACCUGCAGGGAGAUCCGUCGCAACUCUGCCGGCUGCAUCAAGUUCCGCAACGAAUGCGAGAAAUGCAAAGAGAUCCAGCAUCUGGACUGCUCUGGGAACAAACCCCUGGAGGGCCCGCUGAAGGAGGAGCUGGAGGAGGCGCUGGCGACGGCCGAGCGCUUCACGCAGCGGUACAACUCCCUCCUGAAGAGGUUCGAGGAGCGCGUGUUCAACACCUCCUCCCUGCUCGACAUGCUGAACAGGCAGUUCGGCUGGGUGUCCUCCCUGGCGAACAACACCAAGGACGGCAUCUUCAGCGUGAAGGGGGUGAUCUCCAAAGGCGACACCGAGGACAACCAAGGCGGGAACACAAAGGAUGCUGACACCAAAGUGACCGUGCAGCUGUUUGACUCUCCGCCGAUGAACAUCACCGUGCGUGGCGACAUUCCCUGGACCGACCCGAAGUUCUCCGAGGAGGUGGCCCAGAAAGCCCUGGACCGCUACAAAGCAACCAGCAUUGUCGCUAAAUAAGGUUCAGCUGCUUUCCUGCCUGGGUCUUCGAGAAAAACUCUCCAUGUCCAUGGAAACGCAGCUGGAAGCCAACGCUCCCAUCCUAAGCUUCCUCCUCCAGUCCUGCUUUUGCAAAUAAAUAAAAACCAGCAACACCUGUAAGGUUUAAUGGUGUAUUUGUCCUGCUGUAAGAGAUGUUCAGGAGAAAACAGUUCAUCUGUUGUCCCUCCGACAAACAGGAAGUCCUCGCAUUUCCUGCUAGCUAGCAAGGCCCAAGCUACAGUAAGUGUUUAGUGCCAAAACUUUCUGUGUUAUUAGGACACAAAUCACCAUAUUCACUUCUGCUGUUCAUGUGUUUUAGAGACUGUAUGAAUUUAGAGACUGUAUGAGGCUUUUUCACAAAACGCAGAAUAACAGGAGAAAGCUGGAUCUGAUUUCUUAAAUUGCCGUUUUACUGCAUUUUGAUGUUAAAUAAUAAAUAAAAAGAAAAUUACACAGCACUGAAUGGAACGAUAGAUUAAAUAUCUUUAAAUAACCAUAUCUGGUAGUUUAGAGAUGCUGAGUGGGUCACUGCUUUUAUGAAAUCACAAAGAAUGAAUGAAUAUUUUCAUCUAUUAAAGGUUUUGUGGAAAAGCUCCAGAUCUUCAUUGCUACUCAAAUGUGUUUUUUGAGUUAACUCAGUAAUCUCAGAUUCAAAUUUUAAAGUGAUUUCUUUUCAGCUGCUCUUAGGGUAGCAAUAAAAACAUUCAAUAAAA